CAAGACGAUACAAACAUUGAAUAAAUAGGCUAUGUAGUUUAAUUGCUAUGUUUCCUAAAUAAAUGUCAACAAAAUGUAUGAAAAUACCUAUAGUUUCCGGAAUCAGUGUCGCACCUGCUUAAAUCAAAUAAAAGGCUUGCAAGCACUAUCAACAUUUACAGUUGUCGAGCAACUCAAGGAAAUGACUUAUGCCGAAAUACUAAAGGAAGUUGCAAACAUAAAUAUCACAGAGGAACAAAAUUUAGAAAUGCCACAGUACAUUUGUAGCUGUUGUUCCCGAAAAUUGAUGUCCUCCCAUGCGUUCAUCAGACAGGCCAAGGAAACAAAUGCAAAAUGUUUGGCAAUGCUGAAGGGCGGCAGGUUGAUGGUGGGCAACAACGAUGGGCGAAAGUUGGACUGUCUGCAGGAGUCUGAAAUUGAGUUACAUCAAUGUGUUGAAAUAAAGAUAGAAAAAGAUGAAAGCGGACAAAAAGUUAUUGAGGAUAUGGCAGAUAUUGUUGAACAUUCUGUGAGUCAAAUGGUGCUUAAGAAAGAGUUUUCCAAUGAGACUGCUCUAAAAGGGCAACUUAAUGCUGACGACCUCCACGAAACGAACGUUAUGGAAAGCUCAAAUACACAAGCGAAGAUGUCAGACCAUGAUAACGAAGAUUCCGACGCAUCUAGAAAAUGUGAUGAGUAUGUCUCUGAAACAGAGAUAGAAGAAUAUAUCAUAUCCAACGAUUCAAGCUGUUCGAAGAAAACCUGCCGCAAUUCCCUGGAAAAAGAAACAAAAAAAUCUCUAUCUAAGUCCUAUGAAGACAAGGAAGACGAUGAUAUUGCUGUUCCUUGCACGCAGUGCAAUAAAAUUUUCAGCAAUUCCAGGGAAUUAGCACGCCAUUUACGCAAUACUCAUGUACCAGAGGAACAAAAAUGUACAUGUCCCAUAUGUGGUGCCAAAUUUACGCGUUCCUGUAAUAUGUACAAGCACAUGCGAACAUUGCAUGAUCCAGAAUCAGUGAAAGUGUUAUUGCCAGCAAGAGAAAAAGUCCAUCAAUGCGAUAAAUGUCCCAGAAAAUAUACAAAAAAGAAACAUUUAAAUUUUCACAUAAGGGCUAAACACAAUGGUGUCGAAAACCAAGAGAAAUCUGAAAUGGUGGAGGUGGCGACGACAAGCGCUGUGGAUUCUAAGAGAAAAUCUGAACUUCGUCCAUUGUGCUUUAUAUGCGGCGGUUCAUUUUCCAACAAAGCCCAUUUGAUUGUUCACAUGCGUCGGCACACUGGAGAAAAACCAUUCAAAUGUGAUUUGUGUGAUAAGGCCUUUCCUCGUAUUUCCGAACUGACUUGCCAUCGCCGCAUACACACUGGCGAGAAGCCUUAUAAAUGCAAAAUAUGUGAGAAAACUUUCCGGGUCUCAACCAAAUUAGCUACCCACAUGCGAUCUCAUACAAAUGAGAGACCAUAUAAGUGUAAACAGUGUGAGCGUAGUUUUAAAUACUCCAAGGAUUUGAAUAUCCACCAUCGAAUACAUACAGGAGAACGGCCGUAUCUGUGUACUAUCUGUGGCAGUACUUUUACUCAAAGCAAUUCACUUAAGGCCCAUCGUAUGAAAUUGGGACAUAUGGAAGAUAAUAAUUUCCUUAAGAUGUCUGUAGAUAACUAUAGUUUGCAGAAUCAGUGUCGUACCUGUUUGUGCCGAAUAAUGGGCUUGAAAUCCCUUUCACAAUUUGUGAUAGAAGAGAAGCCUAAAGAAAUGACAUAUGCCCAACUGCUUAAAGAAGUUACAAACAUCAAUGCCAUGGAGGACCAAGAUUUGGAAAUGCCUCAAUUCAUUUGCUGCUCAUGUUCAGAUAAAUUGGUGUCAUGUCAUGCUUUCAUAAAGCAAGCUAAGGAAACCAAUGACAAAUGCAUGGCAUUGCUUAAUGGGAAAAAGUUGAUUGUGGCCAACAACAAUAAACGAAACCUGGAGUGGAUGGAAGAAACUGGAACAGAUUCACCACUACAAUGUUUUGAAAUAAAAAAAGAAAUAGAUGAUAUGGAUCAAGAAUUUCUUGAUGAUAUGAGAAAGGAGAAUGUCGAAUCCUCUUUGGAUCAAUUUUUACUCAAAAACGAGUGUCUCGAUGAGACAAUUAUAAAGGAAGAAUUUAUUGCAGAAGAUUCUUACGCGAAUGUGGAAACUCCAUAUACCCAAGAGAAGCUGACCGAUGACGGCUUAAAUUCCGAUUCAUCGCAAAAAGAUGAUUUAGAAGUCUCACAAACAGAAAGCGAAGAAGAAAUAAAACAUGAGCUUAGAAGUAAGAACUGCGGAAAGUCUUCUCAAAGGGAAACCAAAAAUUCUGUUACUAAGACCUGUGAAGACGAAAAAGAUGCUGAUAUUGCUGUUACUUGCCUAUCAGCAUAUCAGCAAAACCAUAUGCGAACAUUGCAUGACAAGAUAUCGCCGAAUGGGUUAUUGCCCGCUAGAGAAAAAAACAAUCAAUGCGAUCUAUGUCCUCGAAAAUAUGCAAAUAAGAAACAUUUGACUGCUCACAUAAGAGAAAAACACUCUGGAGAAGAGUGUAAUGCUGCGGUUGCGAAAACUCGUUCAUUGUGCUUUGUAUGUGGCGCUUCCUUCUCAAAGACUUCCCAUUUGAAUUCUCAUUUGCGUCGGCACAAUGGGGAAACCCCAUUUAAAUGCGAUAUGUGUGAAAAAGCUUUCACUCAGAGGUUCGAUUUGAACAGCCAUCGCCGUGUACACACGGGAGAGAAGCCAUACAAAUGCGAAAUAUGUUCAAAAACUUUUAGAGACUCACACCAUUUGUGCUCCCAUAGGUGGUACCACAAAAAUGAAAGGCCUCAUAAAUGUAAACAAUGUGAGCUUAGUUUCAGAGAUCGCAAGCAUUUGAAAAGUCACAUUCGAGUACACACUGGGGAACGUCCAUAUACGUGUACUGUCUGUGGCCGUACGUAUAAACAUAGUAAUUCACUUAAGAUCCAUCGUAAGAAUUUGGGCCAUAUGGGCGAUAAUAAUAGUUAAAUCCUUUUUCUGACAAAAUAUAUUUAAAUAAAACAAAUAAA